UCAUCAAUCUAUCACCUCCUAAAGAACGGAGGUGCUCCGCCCCUUUUCUUUCACCGCUUAAAGCUGUUCACACCCCUCAGCUGUUCAUUAUUCAGAGUCAGACCUGCGCGAGCGCUGUCGGCAGUGGGAGCUUGUACGGCGAUACGCGCAAGUGUGUUUUAAAAACCGUACUCCCAAAAACCUAAACGUGAGUUGGUUUCUAUGUAACUCGACAAUCUGCCACACCGUAACAGUACGGUAGUUUGUAACGUCUAAACCGUCUGGAUUAAAGUAACCCAUCAUUUGUUUCAGUUUGUGGUUUAUCCACAAGACAUCGGACGCGGCUGCGAGAGCAUCCAGCGCCGCCAACAUUGUGGCAUGAUCGAGGUUUAAAGCAGACACAGCUGAAGUCCCCAUUGCUCCUGAACAGGAUUCAAUGAAAAUGUCUGUCUGCGUUCACGAGAACCGCAAGUCUCGUGCCAGCACGGGCUCCAUGAACAUCUUUCUGUUUCACAAGUCCUCGUACGCUGACAGCGUGCUGAUGCACCUGAAUGCUCUUCGGCAGCAGAGGCUCUUCACUGAUGUCUUGCUGCAUGCCGGAAACCGUUCGUUCCCAUGCCACAGGGCAGUCCUGGCUGCCUGCAGUCGAUACUUUGAGGCAAUGUUCAGCGGAGGGUUAAGAGAGAGUCAGGACAGUGAAGUGGACUUUAGGGACUCUAUUCAUCCAGAGGUAUUGGAGCUCCUAUUGGACUAUGCGUACUCUUCAAGAGUAAUAAUAAAUGAGGAGAAUGCAGAGUCUCUGCUUGAGGCCGGCGACAUGCUGGAGUUUCAGGACAUCCGAGACGCCUGCGCCGAGUUCCUGGAGAAGAACCUCCACCCAUCCAACUGUCUGGGCAUGCUGCUGCUUUCAGAUGCUCACCAGUGCACCCAGCUGUUCCAACUGUCCUGGAGCAUGUGCCUCAGCAAUUUUCCUGCUAUCUGCAAGACCGAGGAGUUCCUACAGCUGCCCAAGGACAUGCUGGUCCAACUGCUGGCACACGAGGAGCUUGAAACGGAGGAUGAGCGUCUCGUCUACGAGUCGGCCCUCAACUGGGUGAACUAUGACCUUGAAAGAAGGCACUGUCAACUUCCAGAGCUGCUGCGUACCGUGCGUCUGGCUCUCCUGCCUGCCAUCUUUCUCAUGGAGAACGUCUCCACAGAGGAGCUUAUCAACGCCCAAGCCAAAAGCAAGGAGCUGGUGGAUGAGGCCAUCCGAUGCAAGCUGCGCAUCUUGCAGAACGAUGGCGUCGUCAACAGUCCAUGUGCUCGGCCCCGCAAGACCAGUCAUGCACUUUUCCUGCUUGGUGGCCCGACGUUUAUGUGUGACAAGCUCUACCUGGUGGACCAGAAAGCCAAAGAGAUCAUUCCAAAGGCAGACAUCCCCAGCCCCCGCAAGGAGUUUAGCGCCUGCGCGAUUGGCUGCAAAGUGUAUGUGACAGGGGGUCGAGGCUCUGAGAACGGUGUGUCCAAGGACGUUUGGGUGUAUGAUACGCUACACGAGGAAUGGUCCAAAGCAGCUCCGAUGCUGAUAGCACGUUUCGGUCACGGUUCAGCCGAGUUGCGCCACUGUCUGUAUGUUGUUGGAGGUCACACAGCUGCCACUGGCUGCCUGCCUGCAUCACCAUCUGUGUCCUUGAAGCAGGUAGAGCAGUUCGACCCAGUUGCUAACAAGUGGAACAUGGUGGCCCCGCUACGAGAGGGGGUGAGCAAUGCAGCUGUUGUCAGCGUAAAGCUCAAGUUGUUCGCCUUUGGAGGAACAAGCGUAGCCCAUGACAAGCUUCCGAAAGUUCAGUGCUACGAUCCUGCUGAAAAUCGUUGGACUGUUCCAGCUUCUUGCCCGCAACCGUGGCGCUACACUGCAGCUGCCGUUCUCGGCAACCAAAUCUUUGUAAUGGGGGGUGACACCGAAUUCUCAGCCUGCUCUGCCUAUAAAUUCAGCAGUGAGACUUAUCAAUGGACUAAGGUAGGAGAUGUUACAGCAAAGCGUAUGAGCUGCCAGGCGGUGGCUUCUGGGAACAAACUGUAUGUGGUCGGUGGCUACUUUGGUACACAGCGCUGUAAAACGCUAGACUGCUACGACCCCACUUUGGACGCCUGGAACAGCAUAACUACCGUACCUUAUUCGUUAAUCCCCACUGCUUUUGUCAGCACCUGGAAGCACCUCCCAGCCUGAUGGAUGCAUGCAUGUACCCCCUGGUGUGACCCUGCUGUUUGUAAGAGAGUUUCUCAUAUCCCUGUGUCGUAUCGUCUACUGGAUUCGAACUGUGAAGAAAUUCUGUAACCCUCAUGUGCAAUUUAACGAAGAGACCAUCUCUCCCACAAGAGCUAAACAUUGAUGUACACGGUGUCCAAUCACGAAGCUUUUCUGCAAAAUAUUUCCUGCUUCGGAAGUGGCGUGCAUUCAUUGUCACACCCAGUAUUUUGUGGAGUGGGCUUCACCUUGAAAACCAAAAGAACUGCAAUGCACCCAGCACAUUUUCAUCAUAACCAGCAAAAUCGUCGCACUUGUCUCUCAUAUUUGUGUAUUUUUGUACAAUGCUGAUGCCGUGCGAGCUAAAACAGACUUGUAUGCCUGCCUCGAUUUGUGUACUGCAUGAAGGAAGAGUGGAAGCUUUUCACUGGGAGAUCGGGAAUCUCGGCGCAUGAUUGCAAACAUUAGGAUGGGAAGAUGAACAACUCCCUCUCUUUCUAGGACAAGUACCUCACUUUAUCAUGUGUGUUUACCUUCUCUUCUCCCACUUCUGAAAAGAUAAUCCUACUUGGAAUGACAAAGACUGAGGUCUUUUAAUGGACCACAUGUUAAGCUUCAGAUUUAGAUGAUCGAGAAAAAAAUGAUCAAGCCUUUUUUUUACUUGUUCUUCACACCUCUGUACGAGGAACGCAGACUGAUGCUGGACUCUUCUUGCUGAACAGACCUUAGCAGCUCGGUGUGAAAAUGGACAUGGGCACAGUGUGUCCUAAUGUACACACCAGCUGUGUUUAUGUGACUAAGUGGGUGCGAGAGAGUCAUGUCCCAGCAUGUUAGUCCGAGUAAAAAUCCUUCUGACCCCGCUGAGCCCCUUCCCACAACAACCUAUCGCAAACACACCCCCGCCACUGUAAACGCCUAAAACAGAGCGAACAUGCCCUCUGAGGACGGCGUGAAAUAACCAAUAAACAGUGUCCGUUUCGUGAGUAGAUUCUAAUGACUGACUGACUGACUCGAGGUACUCCUGCGAAAGACUCGAAUCAUGCAAGACACUUCUGCUUUGCCUGUACUAUUCUAAGCACAUACGCUCACAGUAAACGUGAACGACAGAAGGAGAGAGAGAGAGAGAGAGAAAGAGGUGAGAGUCAUUUCGUCACCUUGCAAGGGAACGCAGUCUCUAUGGCAACGUCAAUGAAAAACCUGAACUGUAAAAUUAAAAAAAGGAUAAAAAGUGCAAGAAGAAACUGGUUGUCUUAAUAUUUCAGUGUCUUAAUGGUCUUAAUUUAUGAUUUUUUUUUAUAUAUUGCUUUUGUUUCGAUUCAUUGUGUAUUAACAGUUGUUUUGUAUUUAUUUUUUCUGCUUGCGUACAUGUUUGUAUCGCGCAUGGCCCAAAAUGCUAAUGUUCCUGCUGCUCUUUUGCACAUUAGCGUAUGGUAAUUUUGACUGAGCGGGUGGAAUCUGUAGUGGUCAGCUUGAGCUCAUCUGAUCAAAACUCGGGCAGGGGGUCGUAGGUUAUUGACAGGAUAAGAAUGAGCUGAAUGACGUCACAGGUUCAUAUUACCCAGGGUGCAAAUGGACAGGUCAGUGGGUGGAGGAGCUGUGAAGUGAGAGUCAGAAACUUGGUGGACUAGAUAAUCAGAAAUGGACUACUUAAAGGAGUAGUUCACCUAAAAAAGAAAAUUCUGUCAUUAUUUACUCUAUGUUGUUACAAACCUGUAUAAAUGUCUUUGUUUUGCUGGACACAAAGAUAUUUGUAAUCAAACAAGAAACAGGAGCACCACUGACUUCCAUAGUAGGAAAUAAAAUACUAUGAAACAUUUUUCAAAAUAUCUUCCUUUGUGUUGAGCAGAAUAAAUAAAUUUAUACAGGUUUAUAACCACAUGAGAGUGAGUAAAUUAUUACAGAAUUUUAAUUUUUGGGUGAACUAUCCCUUUAACACUAACCACUCCCCAAAUGAUCUCAAUGCUUUAAAGGUCCCGUUCUUCUUGUGUUUUGGAAGCUUUGAUUGUGUUUACAAAGCACAAUAUAACAUGUGUUCAAUUUACUCUCUAUACUGCGGUUUCACUUUCCUAAAAACGGGCUGAUGUCUUCCUUGUUCUAUGAAGUCCCUCCUUCAGAAAUACGUAGAGAGUUCUGAUUGUGUAAUUUGUUUAGUGUGUUGUGAUUCGACAACAGCUUAGCUUAGCCAGAGCCGUUUGAGCCAAAGCUGGCGACUGACAUAUUCCUGUGGGUGGAGUUUAGUCAAAAACUCUCAUAUUUACAUAAUUCAACCGGAAUAUAGAGGUCUGUAGUCCAAACCAGCCGUUCGCUGCAGGCUUUGAAAGGGGACUUCAGUUAAAGAAAAUAUAUCGCCUGGCAGUGAACUUUGAGCUUUAAUAUUUCGCAGGAAUUAUUUAUGCUCUAACGGCAACAUUACACACUAACUGAAGUUUGAAAAUGGGAUCAUGAAGAACGUGACCUUUAAAUUAUGCCAUGUUACCCAGUACUGAUGCACAAAAUAAAAUUUAAAGGGAUAGUUCACAAAAAUAUACUCUUAUCUUGUCCAAACUUCCUCUGUGACUUCCUACUUUCUGUUGAACACACGGAUGUUAAGCAGAAUAUUAGAUUGCCUGUCCUUGUUCUCUUUCAUGUUCAUUGAAUAGUAAGAAGUCAACUUUCUUAUUAAUUCAAUUCAAAUUUACAUGGAAAAGAAAACAAAAACAGGAAAAUUAUUAAUCUAAUAAAUGGGAAUAUAGGACAUUGUCGAUUAUGAUGAUAGAUGAAAGGUGUCAUAUUAAACCAGACACGCAUUUCCAGCUCACAUGAAAGAAAAAAAGAAAAAAAAUGUAUAACCAGAUUUGCGUAGUAAAUUUGCAGUAAUACUGUGAAAUGUAUUGUGCUCCAUGUGGGUACAUGAUGACUGUUUUUGUUGACCUAUCCCUUUAACUACAACCUCUGAAACAUUACCACAGAUUGUUGUCCAUUACAAGUGGUUUUAACUAGUGCCCAGUGCUAAACACAGUCCAGUAAGGAAGCUCUCUAACCCUGCUCGGCAUCCAUCACUCUAAACGUCCUUUGUGACUUGUAAGGAGCUUGUAAAGCUAUCUGAGGAAUUUGACAUCGGCAGCUGCUCGAAGAACAGCUGGAACCGUCACCAGCAUGUCGUAAUUUUGACUGUCCCUCGCAGUUUGAAGUAUUAUAAGCAGUAUGAGUGGCUUCUGAAUACAACAGAACCACCUCCCUGGAUGUUGUAGCUACAGCCUAUGGUGUAGGAAAUGUGAUACUAUAAAAAUGAUGAUUUUUGUGUUGUUAUGAUUAAGCUGCAUCCCAAAUAACUUUUAAAAGCGAUGUCUACAUAAGGGCAAAGACACUAUGGUGCUUUUAAGGCAAUGCGAAACAUCUGUAGAGAUAGAUAUUAGUUUCAAUGCGACACAAAGAUGACACAGGUUUUUGGGUUAGGUUGAAUAACACCGCUAGCAACUCACUGCUGUAGCUUUUGUGUCGAGUACAAACAAACUAAAUUGCUUUAUAUUUAUGGACAUUCAGAAUAUAGUGUUCUGUGUUGUUUCACUGCACAGCGACAUAGCAUGUAACCGCUAUAUAUAUAGUGUAAUGGCUUUCUAUUGGAAAGCCCACAUAGAGAGAGAGAGAGAGAGAGAGAGAGAAAGAAAAAACAGCAAUGAGGAGUUCACAUUCCUCGCACAACCCCCCCCCCCCCCCCCCCAGCAAAGUAGGAAAUUCUUGCUUACUGUGUUCUCUUUUAGCCUUAAGGGGGUCUCCAUCUUUGACCCACCACCUUCCCCCAUUCUGACCUUUAGCCAAUCAGAAAACCCCAUUCCACCCACAGUUGCCACAGUGAUGGUCAACAAUCAUUCCCCCCUUUUCUUCAACUGGUAAUAGUCAAGUGUUUUGUUUUUCUCUUUCUCGCUCUCUCUAACUUCUUUUUCUCCAUCUCAAGUGAACGAUUGAAUCAGAUGUGACUCACAGGCCUGUGUGCACUGAGAUCUCUUCAACGCUGUAUGCCUUCACAAACAGAUGCAUUGCUCAAAUACUGUCAAUGUUGGCUGUACUGUUGUUUUCGUGAAUGUCUUUUUUUUUUUCUUUUCUUUACUUGUCGUAUUAUAUUGUUGUAUUGUUAUUUUCUCUCAACCACAGCGGUUAACAUUAUUUUGUACAAGUGAUUUUUUCACAAUGUGAAAUUCAUGGCUUAAUAAAAAUAAGAGUUUUUCCUCUUGAUCGAUA